AUCAGAUCCGAGCUUACAUUCACAUCUAACUAGUAUAAUGUCAAUGGGCCCGGAAGAAGUUAAAUUGAAAUACUUUUCAGAAACGACCCCUUUUUAUAGUUUCUUUAAAGCGGGACUGUUUUUGUCAUAUGAUAUUAGCAAAGUGCUUUAUACACUUCUUUAUGCAAGGACUGUUUUUUUGACUGUUUUUCUAUGUGAUGUCAACCUGUUUAAAGAACUUUUGUUCCUCCAUACAAAAUACCUUUUCAUAAACACACUAUUCUAUAGUGCUUAGAUAUUUUCUCCUUACUUUAAGGAUUAUUCUGCUCUUUUGAUCUACUUUUUGGAAUUUUUUGCUCUUUCUUUUCUUUAUUACUAACUUUCACUUGCAAUUUCACAAAGCUUUUUUGAGCUUAUAUACGAAUCAAGAUAGACAAAUAUGAGCAAACGAUUUAUGACAAAGGUUGAUUAAAAACUUUUGGAGUGUCACGUUGGACUCAUCUAGACAAGAUCCAAAAAAGGGAGAGGAAUAGAUAAGCAAAGGAAGACAAUAAACGCUUGUACAUCUAAAUAACAUCCUAUUGUUAAAUUAUAUUAGUAGAAGGAACCUUAGACAUCAUACCAUGUACAAAGUGUAGAUUGCAUUGGCUUGAUCAGAAAGAUCGGAAGAGUUUU